CGUAUCAUUUUUGUAAAAAAGAAUUCCCCCCAUCCAUCUCACUCUCAUCCUAAAGGCCCUGAUCCAGCGGGUUCCCAUACCCAGGACAUACAACUCUGUGGCGUAGACACUGCCCGCACGCGAGAUGUUGAAUAUCGUUCUUGUCGCAAUUUCAGUAGCUGUCGUCGCCAUUAGAAUGGAUAUUUUCCCGGGAUGCGAAAGGGGUGUUGACCAUGAGCACUUGUGACCAUCCAAUUUGCCACCUCGACCAUGUGCGCAUGUACAAGUCGCCCCGCUCGUCCUGAUGUGCAUUAAGAGGUUCACCUCCGUUUCGCACGAUGCGAUCUGCCGGUCUGGUCUGGUUAUCACUCUCCUACCGUACAAAGCUCACGAGUACAAACGUCCACUGGAAUACUAUGAAUCCAAAGAGGCUAGCGUAACCAAGUAGAAGACGUAUUCCUGGUUAGACCGUUGAAUAUGAAUGAAGCAAUUCGCCGGCGAACAAAUAAGCUUCUUUUCCAGGCGCUUAAUCAAAGAGAAGCCUAUGAUUGCAUUGUUCCCGAAGAUGUUCCAGAACGGCGCCCUCGUCCUGGCCCUCGGGUGGAUGAAUCAAUCAAUCAAAUAUUUCAUGAUGUGCAUAAUCACGCGACUAACUGGAGAAGACUCCGACAACAGAGAAUGGAUCGGAGAUGGAAUUCGGGAUCUUCGUAGCUCACUUCCAUUUCGAAUUGAACUUCUAGAACUGUUGACUGACAUCGGCAGUUCGCUACCCAUAAAACACAGCGGCUUUCAUCUACAACCAGGCACAACAGCUAAAAGCAACUCAUUGAAUCCAAUCAAAUACAAUACUCAGAAACCGGCUUGGUUAUUACAGCCUCAUUCGUACCCAUCAAACAAAAGUACCUAUUCACCUAUUUUCCCACCUAUAGAGAAUGCACGGCAGGGGUACUCCCCGCACAUCACUAAACCUGCAACAUACUAG